AUGCGAAUUCUUCUUCUUGUAUCCUUGAUUAUUUUGAUUCUUAUGAGCAUCGUUAAUGCUCAAAGUGUGUCUGGUUAUGGAAGUAAAACAAGAACAGGACGAAAUCAUUUUUAUCGUGGAAGAAGUACAAAUUUCAUGAGAAAUGUUUAUCAAGGUCCAACUACACCUCUUGGAUAUGUGACAACAGCUGCGAUACUUGUUUUGUUCUUAAUGGCACUUCAUCAUCUUUGGUCGAAUCGUCUUCCCAUACCAUCGAAUGAAGAUUAUGUUAAGAAUUCAUUGGUCGUAGUAGAAGGUCAGAAUGAUUGUAAUCCGUUUUUAUCUGGCCUAUGGUCAAGUCGAUAUUAUCAAUAUGAUCGAUUUCAUGGACCUUUUCAACUAUCACUUUUAUUCGAUUCAGAAAAAUCGAAAGUCACGGGAAAUGGAAUUGAUGAUAUUGGACAAUUUGUUGUCAAAGGUUCCUAUGCGAUAAAUACGAAUCGUUUAGCUUUGGUAAAGACUUAUCCUAGACAAAAUCACGGACAUGAUGUGACGAUUCAAGUCUCGUGGAAUUCUACUCAAACACAAUUCGAAGGAAAAUGGUUUAUAAAAACGAAAUAUUCAAGUGACGAGGGAAGAUUUGAACUUCAACAUGAAAAACAUUAA